AUGUCAUCUAGAAAGAAAACUUUAUUAAAAGUUAUUAUAUUAGGAGAUUCAGGAGUUGGAAAAACAUCUUUAAUGCAACAAUUUGUAAAUAAUAAAUUUAGUCAUCAAUAUAAAGCAACAAUUGGUGCUGAUUUUUUAACAAAAGAAAUUACAAUUGAUAAUAAUAAACAAGUUACUUUACAAAUUUGGGAUACUGCUGGUCAAGAAAGAUUUCAAAGUUUAGGUGUCGCUUUUUAUAGAGGUGCUGAUUGUUGUGUAUUAUGUUUUGAUGUAACAAACGAAAAAUCAUUAAAUAAUCUUACUUCUUGGAAAGAUGAGUUUUUGGUACAAUCAAAUGUAUCAAAUCCACAAGAUUUUCCAUUUAUUGUAAUAGGUAAUAAAAUUGAUGUUGAUGAUUCCAAAAAAAUUCCAAGUUUACAAAAGAAAUUAAAUAAUAUUACAAAUAAUCAAUUGGGUGGAUUAAAUUAUCCUGUAUUUGAAACAAGCGCUAAAGAUUCAAUAAAUGUAGAAAGUGCUUUUGAAGUAAUUGCGAAAAUGGCUUUACAACAAGAAGAAUUAAAUGCUGCGAAUUCAAAUGAUGUAAAUGAUGAUUAUAAUGAUGCUAUUAAUAUUCAUUUAGAUUCAGAGUCUGGAGGUUGUGGUUGUUAA